GACAAAAAAGUUGAAUUACGCGGGUUUUAAAAAAGAGAUUUGUUUCUUGGUUAAUGUUGCUUCGAUUUUAAAAGUACAAAAGAUUUAUGUUUGGAUGGUUGUCAUAUGGGGGAGCUAUAUUUAUGUUUGUCUCAUUAAAGAAGAAUUUGUGAGAGUUAGCUGAAGUUAAAGUGAUCAAGUUGCAAAUAUUAUUGCUUCUAGUGUUUCGUCUUCCUUGCUUACUACAAUUAUUCAUGGGAAAUUUGAUGUUGUUGAAAAUAAUGCAAAAAUGCAAUUCUAAGUAGCCCGUUUUUAUAAGUAACACAAAAUUUAACCUGAUGGUCAAUUGUUUAGGUUUUUUCGUUUUACAAGCUCAACUGCUUGUUGAUUAUUAAAUAAAUAUACGUAUUUUCUUUGUCAGGCUGCGAGCUCUUCAAAAUCAAACUCCAGUCUCAAUCACGUUUGUCGUCGUAUGAAAUUUACAAUUUAGAACAAGAAUAGCAGUUAAAAUGUCGCUCACAAGAGAACAAACUUUGCUGCAAGAGCUCAAUGAGGCUAACAUUCGAACAUAUCAACUUGAAAAAACAGCAAGGUGGUGGAGUGAGUCUACAGCAAGCUGGAGAGAAAAAUGGGGUAAGGUUCGUAGUCAGCGAAAUAAACUACGAGACGAUUAUGUCAUACUAAAAGGACAAUAUACCUCGCUAACUAAAGAAUAUUCAAUGAUAAAAGCAGAGAAAGAUAAUUUACGGAACCAACUGGCAAGCCUGAAACCUGAAAAAAGAAUAGCUCGCAUAGAACCUUUACUUGAGGAAAAAAUCAACACCACGGAGGAGAUUAAUGUUAUUUGCAAUGAACUGAACUCUCCAAGAAAGGAUAAAAAGUUAUCAGAUCUUCCAAAAGAAUAUGCUUUACUGAAAGAUCUCGUUGAGGAAGACGAAGAAAACGAAGAAAGAAUUGGAGAGACUGGCGUAAAAAAAAUUGACAGUGAGCUUAUAAAUGAUAAACUUUCAAGAGUGAAAGAUUACGUCAUAUCAUGUGAUGAAUAUGUGCAAGCGAAAAACAGAGAAAUUGUUAAAUUAGAAUCAAGAAAUCUGGAAUUAUCCGAAGAUUACGAAAAAUUACAAGAACAGUACAUCGAAGAUAAGAAGAACAGUGAGGAAAAACCACCAACAGAUAAAUACGGACAACAUACAAACGAAUAUAAAAUCAGAGAGCUGCACCGCGAGAUACAAAGGCUGCAGCAAGAAAAUUGUAAUGAAUGGAGGAAACGAGAACAAUGUGAAACAGAUAUGAUAGAGUUAAGAAGAGAACUCAAAUGUUCACACCAGACAAUACAAGAACUCAAAGAAAGUUUGUCAAGAAAUAAGGAAGAAACAUCAAAAUCUCACUUAGCAGAAUUAAAUUUAUUUAAGACGGAGCUAGAACACAAAACACAUACGUGUAUGGAACUCAAAUCCAAUUUAAAUAGAACUCGCAGACAAUUACAAGAUAAGACAGAUGCACUUAACCACGAACAAAAAAGAACAGAACAUUAUGAAAGCGAAAUUAAGAAGUUAAGGUCGCGAGUAGACCAGUUAAAAAAACAAAUUUUGGGGACUGAGGAAAAGAUUGAUUUACGAGAGAAUCACAUUAGACGAUUCCAAAGAUCAUUAGAAGAGCAAACACAACUCAAAGAAACUCUACAAUCACAAGUAAAACAUUUAACAACGAGAUUAAAAAGACAAGAAAAUAUGUCCCGAGUCGAUCUGGAUGAAACGAGCGAUGAUGACGAGCCAUAGUAACAAUAAAUACAAACCGUUCAAUUACGCGUUUUUUCAGAUACACUAUAUACAAAUUAUUUUCAGUUGGAAUUUAUAAAAGGGAAAUGCUACUUAACAAAGUUUUAGAACUAUUAUAUUUAAAUUGUCAA